GUCCGUACUCGAGUCUGAGAGACGCGCCUAAGACCACGAGGAGUGAGCGGAGUGCACUAAUACAGCGGAGUGAACAGCACUUCCAGUUUACCUUUGUGGCGCGAGGCACAAGCGUUUUCCCGCGUGUUCAGCUCAGUGGGAUGAAAGCGCCGCCGCUGCUGUGCGCGUGCAGCACCGCGCUGAUGCUGCUGAUGGCACGCGGAGCCGCACCUCUGCGCAACAGUCUGAACUUGUCCAGAAAGCUCUGGGAGGUGGAGGUGGGAGGCCACAUGUCCUUGGAGACGGUUGCCAGGCCCUCAGCUGCAGUGAAUGAAGUGGUGCGUGAGCGCCGUUCGGUCUGGAGAAGUCUCCUGCACAAAGAGCCCCCACAGAGGCAUUCGUGCACAUUGCCUCCCCACAACACCAGCAGCCCAGCUGCACUUAGACGAGGCCGCCGGCAUGCCCUUGCUGGGGCACGGGGUCAUGGUCAUGGUCAUGGGCACGGUCAGCUGAUGCGCGUGGGCUGCAUUUUAGGCACCUGCCAGGUCCAGAACCUUAGUCAUCGUCUUUACCAGCUCAUUGGCCAAAGUGGAAGAGAAGAGUCCUCCCCGAUCAAUCCUAGAAGUCCUCACAGUUAUGGAUAACACCUGAGUAAGAAUGACAUGAGACAACAGGAUUUACUCAGCAAUGGCCACACAGAACACAACAGGUUCAGAGCUAGCAUAGCUGCAAGCUACAGGCCCUAAUAGGCCCGAGCUACAGUGGCUGGGACCCAAAGUAUGGAAUAAUUUGUUCUCAUCUUGCACUGUAGACUUUAGAAAGAGGUGCUACAAAUGGUUCUCUGAGCGAUACUACUGGUCUAUUAAUAAUGAAAAUUUGCUGCACCUGAGACAGAUAUGCAAGUGCACAAACACAGCUUGUCUAGUCCCUGCAGAGAAGUAUUGGCAAAAAACAGAUCUCUGUGCAGAUAUACAUUACAUAAACCUUUUGGGACCACACCUAAUGCCAGGCAUGGGUUAGGCAGGUAUGCUCCCACACUGAGCUUCUAUGGAAUCAAGUGAAAAGCCUUAUUUGUACAGUAGAAACAGAUACUCCAUCAAGGCAGGUUAAACUCCUUCCAAUACUCUUGAUCAGAGAUCAAGUGUCAGGGAAGGCAUGUGCUAGCCUUUACCCUCCUGGUGUUGGGGCAUCACUAGUAAUAGGGGGAGUCCUAAUAAGUGGGUUGGGCAAUUGGCCUUGCAAUUUAAAUGAGAAAGAAAUGUAAAUGUCCUGGCUUUUUUUGGCAGUUUUCCCAAUUCUUUUACAAUGGUUUUUCUAUGGCAUUUCUCAAGGAACCCUUUGUAGGACCUUCAUUUUGUAGUGUCCACUUUCCAUUAUCUCCUCUGUAAUCCUGCACUGUUUAGGAGGAGAUCACUCGCUCACCAAUCUCUUUAAUCUCUCGCUCGUCCCAGCCGAAACAAGUCUGACCGUAAGAGUAUAAACAUGCCACACACACACCAGGGGUGAGAACACAUCAAACAUGCCGUCCAAAGCUUGUAAACCCAAAUCCAACGAUGUGCCUGAUCGAUUUGCGUGCCUACACAAGAUUCUUUAACGCAUAAACACACAUUCAGUUGCCCUCCCUUACACCCACAAAAUCACACAUACACAGCCCCACUGAGUGGAGCCCUGGAGGAAUGCCUGCUGUCCUCACGUGCACACUAAUCAAGUAGGUCAAAUGUACUUUUCAAACACGUUAAAGCACUUUACGAGAAAAAUGUUGUCAUUCACCUCUUCAUGACUUGAACGGAAAAUAUGUUAUUUAAUUUAAGUUAAAGAAGAAAGUGUUGAAAUGUAAAUAUUUUAGAAACAGAGUUAAUAUCUGGGUGAUAUAUGUAGUUAUUUGUUUCUCUACCAUGUUUAUACGUUAACUAGCUGUCCUGUCCUUCAAUAAACCUCUUGACAUUUCUGAAUGCUGU